GGCGGGGCCUGGCCGAGGGAUGGGUUGGCCUGGGGGCGGGGCUUCCAGGAGCGCUCUCCGGAAGCGCGGCUUUGGUGUCCGGGAGAAGCGUUCCAGUCGUCGUCGCUGCCGCCACUGCUGCCAGUCUGUGUCGCAUCAGUCAUGCCGAAGCACGAGUUCUCCGUGGACAUGACCUGUGAGGGCUGUGCCGAAGCCGUCUCCAGAGUCCUCAACAAGCUGGGAGGAGUGGAGUUCAACAUUGACUUGCCCAACAAGAAGGUCUGCAUCGAGUCUGAGCACAGCUCAGACACCCUGCUGGCAACGCUCAACAAAACAGGAAAGGCUGUUUCCUACCUUGGCCCCAAGUAGCCAGGACCUGGGCGAGUCCUUCCGGAUAUAAACUGAAGAGGCAGGCUGUUGAUCUGGUCUCCCCCGCAGAUCUGAACACCAACUGCUCAGUCCAGCUCAGCCAUGGAAUUCCUGCCCAGACAGGCCUUCCCUGUUGGCUCCCUGCGAGUUUCCAUCCAAUAAAGUCAAGCUGCAUUUGUUGAU